UCACAUCACUGAAUCUCUCUCUAUUGUCAUCGCUUUCAUAUCGUCUCAAAUUUUCUGAAUCCAACAAUGGCCAAGGGCGAGAAGAAACCGGCAGAGAAAAAGCCCGCAGAGAAGGCUCCGGCGGAGAAAACGAAGGCAGAGAAGAAGAUCCCGAAGGAUGCUACCUCCGGUGACAAGAAGAAGAAGAAGAAGGCNAAGAGCGUCGAAACCUACAAGAUCUAUAUCUUUAAGGUUCUCAAACAGGUCCACCCUGACAUUGGGAUCUCCAGCAAGGCAAUGGGGAUCAUGAACAGCUUCAUCAAUGAUAUCUUUGAGAAGCUUGCUCAAGAAUCGUCCAGAUUGGCUCGUUACAACAAGAAGCCCACCAUCACAUCCCGUGAAAUCCAGACCGCUGUUCGUCUUGUCCUCCCCGGUGAGCUUGCUAAGCACGCCGUCUCUGAAGGCACCAAGGCCGUCACCAAAUUUACCAGUUCUUAAGAUCUUUUGUCAGAGUUAGGGUUUUCUUGAUGUAUAUUUGGGAUCGUUCUUUGUAAUGACAUUUCUUGUUUUCUGGAACAUUUUAAUAUAAAUCUCAGUCUUUUAAUUUUGGUCUUGCUUUUA